AUGGUCACUGCAUUCAUGUUGACAUUCUAUUUGCAAUUCAGAGAAUUAGCAAUGAAUUAUAACGCAGGAUUCGAUGAUUUGCCAGAUUUCUUGAAGGGUGUUAUCAAAUUUAUCGUUUCAAAUAUCUUCGAAAUCAUCGAAGCAAUAGCCAUUGCUAUCUCCAUUUUCAUCCCAACAUUCGAUGGUUUGUUCUUUACUAUUUUGAUUUCAAUUUUGUUCUACAUGACUUUAUUGCAUGAUUUCGACAACCACAAGACAAUUUCCAUCCAUCUUUGGGGUCUCUUCUUGGUUAUUGCAGGUAGAUUGCUAAGUCGCAUUCCUUACUUCAUUCCUAAAUCUACAGCAGCAUAUGUCCAGCAAGCGUUUGGAUUACCAUUUAGAGGAAAUUCCAGUACAGAAUAUCUCUGGAUCAUUCUCUUUGCUUUAGAAUCAUUGGUAAUUCAUAUUAUGGAAACUCCAAUGUUCCAGGAAUGCAGAAAAGAUUCCAUCCAGAGAUUAGCUUACAGAUUCAUCAGGGUUCGCCAAUUGAAAGUUCUCAAUAGAAUUAACCAAAAAGUCGUUGAUUCUAUUCAACAUGCAAAGAUUGAACAAAUCUUCCGCCUUGCUGAUCAAUAA